GGGCGCCCAGAGCCCGGGCGCUGGGAGUCCCCGCUCCGAGGCUGCCCUUCCAGCCGAGGAUCGAUCUUGGCCCCAGCGCGAGCCGCACAGACCCACGUAACCCGAGGACCAUGGACGGAGACGAGGGCCAAGACCUGUCCCAGGUUUCAGGGAAGGAGAGCCCCCCAGUGAGCGACACCCCGGAUGAGGGCGACGAGCCCAUGCCCGUCCCCGAGGACCUGUCCACCACGUCCGGAGGCCAGCAGGGCGCCAAGGGCGACAGGGGCGCAGUUUCAUACGGGGCUGAUGGCUUUAGGGAUUUUCAUGCAAUAAUUCCCAAUUCUUUCUCUCCCGGUCAUGUGAAGGGAGAGGCUCAGAGUGACGAAGAGCGUGGGCGCGCCGGUGACAUGAAUGGGGAGGCGUGCGCCCAGGACUUGCGCGUGCUGGGCGCGGCGGGCGAGGACGUGAAUGGCUCCCACGGCGGCCCCGGCGGCAGAGCGCUGGCGGGCGCUGGCGGCAUCCGGCUCCCUAACGGCAAACUGAAGUGCGACGUCUGUGGUAUCGUGUGCAUCGGCCCCAAUGUGCUCAUGGUGCACAAGAGAAGCCACACGGGCGAGCGGCCCUUCCAGUGCAGCCAGUGCGGGGCCUCGUUCACGCAGAAGGGCAACCUGCUGCGCCACAUCAAGCUGCACUCGGGGGAGAAGCCCUUCAAGUGCCACCUCUGCAACUACGCCUGCCGCCGGCGGGACGCGCUCACCGGCCACCUGCGCACGCACUCGGUCGGUAAGCCUCACAAGUGCGGAUACUGUGGCCGGAGCUACAAGCAGCGGAGCUCCUUAGAGGAACACAAGGAGCGUUGUCACAACUACCUGCAAAGCAUGGGCCUGCCCGGCACGCUCUACCCAGUCAUUAAGGAGGAGGCGAACCACGGCGAGGCGGCCGAGGACCUGUGCAAGGCGGGCGCCGAGCGGGCCCUGGUGCUGGACAGACUCGCAAGUAACGUCGCCAAACGUAAGAGCUCUCUGCCUCAGAAAUUUGUUGGGGACAAGUGCCUGCCGGACGCGCCCUACGACGGCGGCAGCGGCUACGAGAAGGAGCACGAGCUGAUGCAGACGCACGUGAUGGACCAGGCCAUCAACAACGCCAUCAGCUACCUGGGCGCCGAGUCCCUGCGCCCGCUGGUGCAGACGCCCCCGGGCGGGGCCGAGGGGGGCCCGGUCCUCAGCCCCCUGUACCCGCUGCACAAGCCGCCGGGGGAGGGCGCCGCGCGGGCCGGCCUGUCGGCGCAGGACAGCGCCGUGGAGAACCUGCUGCUGCUGUGCAAGGCCAAGUCCCUGUCCUCCGAGCGGGAGGCCUCGCCCAGCCACAGCGGCCACGGCUCCACCGACACGGAGAGCAACGAGGAGCCCCGGCCCGGCCUCCUCUACCUCAGCCACGGCGCCCACGCCCGCAACGGGCUGGCCAUCAAGGAGGAGCUGCCCGCCUACGAGGUGCUGCGGGCCGGCUCCGAGGGCGCGCAGGACGCCCUCCGCGUGGUGGGCGCGGGCGGGGAGCCGCUCAGGGCCUACAAGUGCGAACACUGCCGCGUGCUGUUCCUCGACCACGUCAUGUACACCAUCCACAUGGGCUGCCACGGCUUCCGCGACCCCUUCGAGUGCAACAUGUGCGGCUACCACAGCCAGGACAGGUACGAGUUCUCCUCCCACAUCACGCGGGGCGAGCACCGCUACCACCCGAGCUAAGGCAGCGUGGACGGACCGACCGGACGCGGGCUCGCCUUCCCAGGGGCGCCCUCCUCUGCGUGCGCGUGUUUUAAGCUGGCUGGGAAUGUGA